GUCCGCGUCGUUUGGAGCCGCGACGCUGAACAUGGCGCGUUCCUAGAAGCCGCUUUCGGCAUCAGUAGGCGGCGGCGUGUAGAUUGGAAGCGUGGGGCGCGGGACCAACCGACUUCGCUUCGUGUUGUGGAGUGGAAGCGGGAGAGCUGGGCUAUUCCGGACCGAACCAAACGGUUUCCAUGGAUCUCAAUAGUGCCAGCACUGUUGUUCUUCAGGUCUUAACACAGGCCACCAGUCAGGAUACCGCUGUGUUAAAACCAGCAGAGGAGCAGUUGAAACAGUGGGAGACACAGCCAGGUUUCUAUUCAGUGUUGCUGAAUAUUUUCACAAACCACACUCUGGAUAUAAAUGUAAGGUGGCUUGCUGUGCUGUAUUUUAAGAAUGGAAUUGAUCGUUACUGGAGACGUGUAGCGCCUCAUGCUCUCUCAGAGGAGGAGAAAUCUACUUUGCGUGCAGGGCUAAUCACCAACUUCAAUGAACCAGUAAACCAGAUUGCAACUCAGAUUGCAGUGCUGAUUGCAAAAGUUGCUCGAUUGGACUGUCCUAGACAGUGGCCUGAACUUAUUCCCACUCUUAUAGAAUCUGUGAAAGUCCAAGAUGAUCUUCGACAGCACAGAGCAUUACUUACCUUCUAUCAUGUUACCAAGACUCUGGCUUCCAAACGUCUGGCUGCUGAUAGGAAAUUGUUUUAUGAUUUAGCAUCUGGAAUUUAUAAUUUUGCCUGCUCUCUGUGGAAUCACCAUACAGACACAUUCCUUCAACACGUUUCUUCUGGCGGUGAAGCUGCAGUUCUAAGUUCACUAGAACGAACUCUGCUGUCAUUGAAAGUGCUGCGUAAAUUAACUGUUAAUGGAUUUGUGGAACCUCAUAAGAAUAUGGAGGUGAUGGGUUUUUUACAUGGAAUAUUUGACCGUCUGAAGCAAUUUCUGGAAUGCAGUAGAAAUAUAGGUACAGAUAACGUUUGUAGAGAUAGAUUGGAAAAGACCAUCAUUCUUUUUACUAAAGUGCUUUUGGACUUCUUGGAUCAGCAUCCGUUUUCAUUUACUCCUCUAAUUCAGAGAUCACUGGAAUUUUCUGUAAGCUAUGUAUUUACGGAAGUUGGUGAAGGCGUUACAUUCGAACGAUUCAUUGUUCAGUGCAUGAAUCUUAUUAAGAUGAUUGUUAAAAAUUAUGCUUAUAAGCCAUCCAAAAAUUUUGAAGAUAGCAGCCCUGAAACUCUAGAAGCUCAUAAGAUUAAGAUGGCAUUCUUCACAUAUCCCACUUUGACAGAGAUAUGUAGAAGAUUAGUCUCUCAUUAUUUUCUGCUAACUGAAGAGGAACUGACAAUGUGGGAAGAAGACCCAGAAGGCUUUACAGUGGAAGAAACAGGAGGAGAUUCUUGGAAAUACAGUUUGAGGCCUUGCACUGAAGUACUAUUUAUAGAUAUAUUCCAUGAAUAUAAUCAGACUCUUACUCCUGUACUUCUAGAAAUGAUGCAGACACUUCAAGUCUUUGUAGUGUAUAAUGCUGUUGGAUUAGCGGCUUAUGAGCUGUUUGACAGUGUUGAUUUUGAUCAGUGGUUUAAAAACCAACUUCUUCCAGAAUUACAAGUCAUUCAUAAUAGGUAUAAGCCAUUGCGACGCAGGGUGAUUUGGCUCAUCGGUCAGUGGAUUUCUGUGAAAUUCAAGUCUGACUUAAGACCCAUGUUAUAUGAGGCAAUUUGUAAUUUGCUUCAAGAUCAAGACUUAGUGGUCCGUAUUGAAACAGCUACAACACUGAAGUUAACUGUUGAUGAUUUUGAAUUUAGAACAGAUCAGUUUCUACCGUAUUUGGAAACCAUGUUCACACUACUUUUUCAGCUACUGCAGCAAGUUACAGAAUGUGACACAAAGAUGCAUGUUUUGCAUGUCCUUUCUUGUGUGAUUGAAAGAGUCAACAUACAGAUACGACCAUAUGUAGGAUGUCUGGUACAGUAUUUGCCUCUUCUUUGGAAGCAGAGUGAAGAGCACAAUAUGUUGAGAUGUGCUAUUCUGACAACACUUAUUCAUCUUGUUCAGGGAUUAGGAGCAGACAGCAAGAACCUGUACCCUUUCCUGCUCCCAGUUAUUCAACUGAGUACAGAUGUUUCCCAGCCUCCACAUGUUUAUCUUCUGGAAGAUGGUUUAGAAUUAUGGUUAGUGACUUUGGAAAACAGCCCAAGUGUUACACCAGAGUUGCUUCGUAUAUUUCAGAAUAUGUCCCCACUUCUUGAACUAAGUUCAGAAAAUCUCAGAACCUGCUUUAAGAUCAUCAAUGGUUAUAUCUUUUUAUCAUCAACAGAAUUUCUACAGACAUAUGCAGUGGGUCUCUGUCAGUCGUUUUGUGAGCUGCUAAAGGAAAUUACUACAGAAGGUCAAGUUCAAGUACUCAAGGUUGUGGAAAAUGCCCUUAAAGUGAACCCGGUAUUAGGUGCACAAAUGUUUCAACCGAUUCUACCCUGUGUUUUCAGAGGUAUUAUAGAAGGAGAGAGGUAUCCUGUCGUGAUGUCAACAUACCUUGGAGUUAUGGGUCGAGUCCUGCUACAAAACACUAGUUUUUUUUCUUCACUUCUUAAUGAGAUGGCACAUAAAUUUAAUCAGGAGAUGGACCAGCUUUUGGGAAAUAUGAUUGAAAUGUGGGUUGAUCGCAUGGACAACAUUACGCAGCCUGAAAGAAGAAAACUUUCAGCUUUGGCUUUGCUUUCUCUUCUGCCAUCUGAUAAUAGUGUCAUCCAGGAUAAAUUCUGUGGGAUUAUAAACAUCUCAGUGGAAGGCCUACAUGAUGUCAUGACAGAAGAUCCUGAAACAGGAACUUAUAAAGACUGUAUGUUAAUGUCUCAUCUUGAAGAACCAAAAGUUACAGAGGAUGAAGAACCACCCACAGAACAGGAUAAGAGAAAAAAGAUGCUGGCCCUGAAGGACCCGGUGCACACGGUGUCGCUGCAGCAGUUUAUCUACGAGAAGCUUAAGGCACAGCAGGAGCUCCUGGGAGAGCAAGGCUUCCAGUCCCUCAUGGAGACGGUGGACACAGAGAUCGUCACCCAGCUACAAGAGUUUUUGCAGGGCUUCUGAGAGCACAUGACCUGUGGCUGCCUCCCCUUGAGGAGACAAGCCAAGGAACCCGGCCUGCUGUCUGUGUGUGAGAGCCUGCUGAGGCGCUGAAGAAAUCCCUCGUGUAUUACAAAGACGUGAAGACCAUGCAUUUUUACUACAAAAUUGAGUGAAUAAAUGUACAUCCCACACAACUAAAAUCACAAACCUAUUCCUCAAAAGAAUUUAAUUUUAUAUUUCAGAGGGGCCCUGUAUUUACUAGAUAUAGAUUUGAUGACACUAGCUGCUUAGUUUUUUGUUAAGAGAGAGGAAACCGUGUGAUUACCUUUUAAUCAUGUGCUCUUAACACUUGAGAAGAUGAAGGUUAAUGUCUGCGAUGUCUUUCUGCAACCAGAAUUAAUAUUAAUUUGGCUGCUUUAUCCCUUUUUUAAGCUAAUGAAACCGCAAGUUUGAAAGAUGACAAAGCUGUUCAGAUGAUGCGAUUGAAGAAAUGUGUGCACCAGGCAAAAAUAUAUAAAUAGUGACAAAUAUAUAUUACUGAGGUUAUCUUGCAAGGGAGUUGCUUUCAUCUGACCUAGAAAAUGUUUUAUCAAAUGCUUUUAUUUCCAUUUUACUAAUUUGAUACAAAAAAUUAGUAAAGGGAUUUUUUUCUCGUUUUAUUUUCAGUAAUACAUUUAGUCUUUAAAUGCGUAUCGUAAGGCCCGCGGAAGGGAACCUGUGGUACUGCGGCUUCGGGUGGGAGACCUCUGGUCGUGAUUUGGCCCCAGCUCCUUUAUUACUCUUGAAGGCCAGGAGCGCUGUGAGCCCCGAGAAGCCCCAGGCAGCCCGCAGACCCCCCUGUGCUAUGACGUGGCUGUGACAGGCCGCUCCGCACUUACCCAUCCCAGGCUCCUCACCACAGGGGUGCAUCGGGCCCGCAGUAUUAAUGGGUGCACCUCGGAGGACCCAGCAGCAGUCCCCAGGGUGCCAACACUCAUGUGACAAGUCUUCCUUCCUUAUUCCUCCAACACGCAGUACCAAAAAAGGGGAAAAAGGAGAAAAUAAAGCCUUACUUUGUUUUACUUGCCAUUUAUUAUAAGGAACCUUUAAAGCAUUUUUAAGGAAAUACUCAAAAGCAGGGUUGGAAAAUGAUCUUUCUAUAGAAAGUUGGGUACAGUAUGUGACUGCAGGAAACCCACUGCCCCUUUGUAAGCUCUGGAACCCAAAAUGUAUGGAAAUACUUGGUGUUUUCAGCAAGAGAAAGAAAAUAUGGUCCAAAUUAAAUUUUCCAAAGAUA